AUGACGCCGAAGAGUUGCCAGGCAACCGCGACUGAUUGUACAUAUGCUAAAAUGGCUUCUUUUGGUGAAACGUCACAAAUCCACCCUUGCCACGUUUUUGGCAUGUGCAAAGGAGUAAGGAACAACUUAAUCUUUCCAGACGAGACGUCACUGAUUUUCCCAAGUGGAAAGCAAUGUGUCUGCUACAGCGUCCUCACUCAGCAAUGCAUCAAUUUCUUUCAUGUUGCGAAGGAAGACAACAAUUUGCAGGCCCUGGCUUUAAGCCCCGACCGGAAUUACCUGGCCGUGUCAGAGGCUGGUAAAUCUGGCACCAUCACCAUCUUUCAACUAGAGAACAAGAAGUACCAAAAGAUAUGGGUUGGAACUGGCAGCGACUUUGACGUGCAGGAGUUAGUCUGCAUGGCUUUUUCUGCAAACUCCAAAUACCUGCUGGUCCAGGCUGGAGAACCCACAUGGACACUCUACUAUUGGGAGUGGGAGAAAAAUGUGAUCAUUGCUACUGUGAAGUUUGCGAAGAGUAGCCAAAUCAAUCAGGUCAGCUUCAACCCUGAAGAUGACACAGAGAUCUGCGUGAAUGGAAAAAAUCUCUUCAGGAUCUUCAAAUUGGGGAAUGAAUCCCUGAUUCAGGCCGACUCCUAUCAGCUGGAUAACGAUGAUGUCCUGUGCCACCUGUGGAUGUCUAAGGACUGCAUCAUCGCAGGAACCGAGUCAGGGAAACUGCUAAUGUUGGAGUCCAGAAACCUGCACACGCUUGGAAUACCAUAUGAAAGUGAAACGGAGAAGAGGGUCCCAUUUUCAUUACUGGCCCAAAUGCCAUCUGUGACUGGCAUCACAAAGUAUUCUGCUGGCUUUGCCUGUUCAGCUGGCACGGGGUUAGUUUGUCUCUAUGAGCAAACUGAUGACAAAAGCAGCUAUAGGAAGACUGUGGAAAUAAUGAUUCCUGUGGACCAGCACAGCAGUCAUCCGCUUCAGGAAAUUACCACGAUAUGCAUUAGUUCAGAUGAGACAAUUCUGGCCAUCAGCACAAACCAAGGCCAACUCUACUGCGUGAACCUCACGUCUACCGCGAUUACUGAGAAGAAGAAGGCCAAAUUCAAAUUCCUGUCUCACUCUCUUCACUCAGAGAGCAUCACUGGAAUGUCCAUCUGCAUGUCGAAACCCCUCGUCACCACCUGCUCGAUGGACUACACUAUCCACAUUUGGAACUUCCAGACAAACUCUUUGGAGCAGUUUAAGGAGUUUGACGAUGAGCCGCUCUGUGUGGCGAUGCACCCAAACGGCCACUCCAUCCUGGUGGGCUUCACCACUGAAGUCUGGCUCAUGAAAAUAUUCAAUUACAAAAUCAUCCCUGUCCAAACGUUUGCCAUAAACGCCUGCACUGAGUGUGUGUUCAACCAUGAUGGCAAUAUGUUCGCCGCCAUCGAGAAAAACGUGAUAUAUGUUUACAACAUCAGAACAUUCGAAAAACUGGAUCUGAUGGGCCACCGUAAGAAGGUGCAGUCGGUGAAGUGGAGCGAAGAUGACCGUCAUCUGGUGUCAUGUGGGUUGGAUGGCAACAUAUACGUGUGGAAUACUCUGACUGGCGUGUUCGAGAGUAAGAACGAGACUAGAUGUACCUACGCAGAUUUGACUUUUUUGCCUAACACCGGGAACAUCCUUGCUGUAGACCACGUCUGUCUUAAGGAGUUACGGAAUGACAGACUCCUAAGCCAAACCACCCCAGUUGAUGUGUCCUACACAGCCAUCGCCGUGACUUGUUUAGGCAAAACAGUCUUCAUUGGAACGGCCCAUGGUACCGUCAGGAUCAUCAAAUACCCUUUUAGAAAGGAGACAACCUGGACAGAACAUCAAGCCCAUUCUGGUCCCAUCACAAAGAUGAUUGUCACGCCUGGUGAUCAGUUCCUGCUGACUGCCUCAAAGGAUGGCUCUCUCCUCAUCUGGAAGAUCACCGACCCAGAGGGCCGAAAGCUGGAGAUGGUAAAAUGUUUGGAUUACAGUGAGGAGGUCCUCUGUACAAAGGCGUAUCUGGAAGAAACGGAACAGAAUAUACAUGAGCUCAAGACACACAACAAGUGGCUGGAGCUGGAGCGGUCUUUCCAGCUGAAUGUGAGCAACCUGAACUCCAAAAAAAAGGCACAACAGAUUAUGCAGAAUUACCUCGAGCAGACAGACGCUCUGAAAGACCAAAUCCAGUUGCUGAAUAAUGAGAAGAAGGCUCAGAAGAACUCUUAUGAGAAGACGCUGACCAAGACGGAAGAAGACUAUACCAAACAGCUGAAGGAUCAGGAAAUAAACUACUCCGAGAGUAUGACUGUGCAGUACCAAAGGAACCUUGAGUUGCAGGAGAAAAUGAAGAUAAUGCAGCAGAAUUACGAGAGGUUGUUACAGGAAGCUGAGGACUGCCACCUACAUGCCAUGGAGGACAGUACACAGUCCUAUGAAGCCAAGCUGCAGCAGCUCCAGGCCAAGUUGGAGCAGCAAGUGAAGAACUCUGAGCAGAAGCAGAUGAAGAUGAAGGACAAUGCUGAAGCUGAGCUCAAGGUACUCUGCUGCGACUAUGAACAUGAUCUCCAGAUGGCGAAGGAGGCCAAGGAGAGUGUUCAGCUUGAUAUGAAAAUCAAAGAGAAGCAGGUGCCACCUUUCUGUACAAUGAAACGUGAGAUAAAUGAUCAAGGCUUGAAGAUCGUAAAGCUGGAGGAUGAGGUACAGAACCUGACAGACCAACUCAAGCAUGCGACAGACAGCGUUAAGGAUCUGACAAAGGAGAAGCAGGAGAAAAGCAAGAUCAUUGGUGACCAGGUGAAACUCAUGCAAGCACUGCAAGAAAAGUCCAUCAAAAAGCUCCACAAAAAAAUGGAAAAGAUGGAGAGGAUUUUGGAACAGAAGCAAGAAGAAAUUAAUGCGCUUUUCUCAGAGAAGAAGACAUCUGAAGAAGAAAGUAUGCUGAAGAAUGACCAACAAAGGAGUGAAGCCCUGCAACUUAAGAGAAAAUUGGAGGAGAGUAAAGAGGAGUGCGAAUUGCUUGGUGAUGAAUUCAGGAACGAAAAAGCUAGGACCGAGCGGAUCAUUGCUGAACUGACACAGAAGCUGAAAACAAAGAAGCAUGAGUUAUACACAGAGAGGCAGAGGAACAAACAGAAAAAUAUCCAGGUGGAAAGGAUGAAGUGCGACAUCCACAAGUGCUCAAAUGUCAUCCAUGACCCGAAGGAGCUGAAGAAGCAUUUCAGAGAACUCCACAAUCGCCAUAUCCAUCAACCAGUUGUGACAAUGGGAGUGGAGACUGAGGACAGAGACGUGGAAGAGACCCACGUGGCGUACCUCCAAAGGAUCUUGAAAAUGGAGAAGUCAAGAUGGGAAAAGGCAUUGAAGAUUCAGAAUACAAGAAACACCAGACUAAUGAUGUUGCCUGUAAGACCUGCUCUGGUGCAGUAUGCAGGAACCUCCGGUAGCUCAGGCAACAGCAUGAAGAGUACAGCCUGGAGACUACAGGCCCUCCUGACAUGCCCCACGUCCUCCAUGAGUGCUGCUGCAAUGGUUCCUCAACCUGAAAAGUUCUCCAGAGAGGUAUCAGAGUGCAAGGUUUUCCUCUUACAAUGCUCACUAUACUUCACAACCCUCACAGGAGUUACUGAAGAACAGAAGAUAGCUCAGUUCAUUAAUCUCCUUACCGGCAAUGCUAUGAAGUUGGUCUAG